AUUGCUGUUAUCGAAAGAAAAUGUUCAGAACCAUUGCUGUGUCGGGUGAGAAAAUGUUACAGGAAACCCUUGCUUGUCUUAUUGUGUGAUAACAUUGACUGUUUCCCCUAAAAAGCCAUCCGCCGUGCAGUGGCAACCGGUACGGCGGGCAUCCGCCGCACUCCGAUUGUUCCCAGCAUUGGGUCAAUGGCACCGAAGAACUUUUCUACUCUGGUUCGGAACCACGAGCUCUCGCUACGUCCUGCUGCAUCCAUCGGCAGCCUCAUUCAACCGUCGAUCGCACCACGAUUACUCGAUGCAGUUCAAGCGUGUCCUCAGCUACAGACCCAACCUUGCCGCACAGUGAUCAAGUUCUCGUUACGCAAAGGCAAAAGGAAGACGGUAAAGGCGGUUCUGAAACGAUUCAAGCGCCUCGACUGGGGCGGUUGGAUUCGUACCAUUUCCGGUCGUCACAAGAAGCUGUGGCGAAAGAAGGCCAAUCGCAAGCGGCGUCUGCGGCAACACGUUCUCGUCAACGGUACCCAGGCCACCCUGCUCGAUAAGAUGGUGACAAAGUACUGGAAGCGGCCGCGAUAUUACAUAAACGACCCGUACGCUCCGUACCACUCGCGGGAAGAGUUUUUGCACACCAGACGGAGACCCUUGGCGUGAAGAGGCAAUUUUCUGCAGGAAGCGUGCUAAGUAGUGAAACCAAAACCGCCGGUUCGAAAUAUAAUCGAUUUAUUUGUUAAUCUUCAAACCCCAAAACAAAAACAAAAAACCCGUAACAAGGCCCUGUUGCAUUCCUAGGGCAGUGACUAGGC